AAAAAGUUGUGAAGAGAAUUAAUUAAUUAUUUUAAUUUUUAAACCUCCCUCAGCUUCUCACUCUUCAUAUUCUUUCUUCACGCACGACACAACACAACACAACACAACCUUUCCCACCGGUCAAAACCUCACAAAAGCACCACUUCCGUGAUGACGUCCCUAACGGUGACCCACCCACACCGCAAGAUCGCGAUCGCCGUCGACUUAAGCGACGAGAGUGCCUACGCCGUCAAAUGGGCCGUCGAGAACUACCUCCGCCCAAGCGACCACGUCAUCCUCCUCCACGUCCGCCCCACCUGCGUCCUCUACGGCGCCGACUGGGGCUGCUCCUCCAUUCCUCCCCAAAAUCAAAAUCAGAAUCCCGAUUCUGCCCUCGACACCGAGUCCCAGCAGCGCAAGCUCGAGGACGAGUUGGACAAUUUCACGACUUCUAAGGCCAACUCGCUGGCUCAGCCCUUGGUCCAGGCUCAAAUCCCCUUCAAAAUCCACAUCGUGAAGGACCACGACAUGAAGGAGCGGCUCUGCCUCGAGGUCGAGAGGCUCGGGCUCAGCACUGUUAUCAUGGGCAGCCGUGGCUUCGGCGCGUCCUCCAAACGCUCCACCAAGGCGCGUCUCGGCAGCGUCAGCGAUUACUGUGUACAUCACUGUGUCUGCCCUGUUGUUGUGGUCCGUUAUCCCGAUGACAAUAACUCUUCCGCUGACGUGGCAGACAAGAACAUCAUUAUUGGUGACGAGGUCGUUGAACUCCACCCUGUUCCUGAGGCUGAGGAGGAAGACAACGACCACGACUACCACGACGCCCCGGACGACCAUCCCAAAGCAGAUGUUUAAUGUAUUUCCAGUGCAGUGGAAAUUUCCUUCUGGGCUCAGGGCAUUGGAUUUAUGUUGUAGAAAGUGAUGAACGCAACUGGAAAAUGUGGAGGCAACAGGUUAGUGAAGAAAUUUUAAGAAUGUAAUGGGGUUUGCUUCUUGGUGGACAUAUUUCUGUGUAAAAAGGAUGCUGGUGGUGUUGCAUUUUGGUCACUGUCUGUAUGUUCUUGUUAGUUUCCUUCCCUCUUUAUGAAGUGCAUGGUAUACAUGUACGGGUGAGCUUCUCUGGAGCAUACAUCUCUCCCACAAUAUUUGUAUAGGAACCAGCUCUUAUGCUGGUUAAUAUUCAUUUACAGCUUUUUACUGUGUGUUGUGAAUCGGAUUUUCUUACUGAUUAGUUUCCUCUUUACACUAACUAUGUACUUGGCACGAUAGAAGAAGUGUUGUCUGGCUUUGUAACACAAAAAAGCUUUUCAGUGGUAUUUCAUGGUAAUGAUAAUGUUUUAUGUUUA